UUGCUAAGUAACAGUUCUGUGCCUAUGCAGUCCGCCGUGGGAACAAAACAUGAGCUAACACUGAGAUGCUAGUGAUAUUUAGGGAGUAAAAAGUUUUACCUCUUUUUAGACGAUAGCAUUAUUACAGCCAUGACGCUGACAACUAUAAAAGACGGCGAGUACACGGCCACCAUCUACAAACUGAUUAAAGACUGCCAUUAUGGAGAAGCAAUUCACAUUCUAAGCAAUGAACUUCAAAAACACACAAAGUCAAGGGCAGCCCUGUCUCUACUUGGCUACUGCUACUACCACAUCCAGGAUUUCCCCAACGCUGCAGAGUGUUAUGAGCAGCUCACCCAGCUGCACCCUGAGGUGGAGGAGUACAAGCUGUAUUAUGCCCAGUCCCUUUAUAAAGCCUGUGCCUAUCCAGAGGCCACCAAGGCCACCUUUGUGCUGGACAACCCCAACAGUCACACGAAGAUGAUCAAGCUACAAGCAGCUAUCAAGUACAGUGAGGAGGAGUACUCUGCCGCCAAGACACUCGUGGACCAGCUGCCUCAGGAUGAUCCAGACUACGAUGUGGAUGUAGGCUGUCUGCUUUAUCAGGAGGAGGAGUAUGAGGAGGCCUGCAAGAAGUUCAUGUCUGCCAUGCAGGUGUUGGGAUACCAGCCAGAGCUGUCCUACAAUAUUGCCCUGUGUCACUACAGUCUGAAGAACUACACCCAGGCCCACAAAUACAUCCGAGAGAUCAUAGAGCGAGGCGUCAGGGAUCAUCCUGAGCUAAGCGUUGGGAUGACGACGGAGGGCAUAGAUGUCCGCAGCGUUGGGAACACCCUGGUGCUGCACGAGACUGCCCUGGUUGAAGCAUUUAAUCUCAAAGCUGCCAUCGAAUACCAACUGAGAAACUUGGAAGGAGCUCAGGAGGCUUUGACAGACAUGCCCCCAAGAUCGGAAGAGGAGUUAGACCCAGUGACGCUCCACAACCAAGCUCUGAUGAACAUGGACAAGAAGCCAUCUGAGGGUUUUGAAAAGCUGGCCUUCUUGCUGCAGCAGGUUCCCUUCCCCCCGGUCACAUUUGGAAACCUGCUGUUGCUCUACUGCAAAUAUGAGUACUUUGACCUGGCGGCUGACGUUUUGGCUGAGAAUGCCCAUCUCACCUACAAGUUCCUCUCCCCAUACCUUUAUGAGUUCCUGGAUGCCAUGCUGACUUGCCAGACAGCACCAGAAGAGGCAUUUAGGAAGCUGGAUGAGAUGAAUGGCAAACUUACGGAGCAGUUACGCAAGCUGGCCAAGCAGGUGCAGGAAUCCAGGCUGGCUCGUGAUGAAGAUUGUGUGAAGAAAGCCUUGCAGGAGUAUGACCAGAUGCUGGAGAAGUACAUCCCAGUGCUGAUGGCCCAGGCCAAGAUCUACUGGAACCGUGAGAACUACCACAUGGUGGAGAAGAUUUUCCGCAAGUCAGUGGAAAUCUGCAGUGAGCACGAUACCUGGAAGUUGAACGUUGCCCAUGUGCUCUUCAUGCAGGAGAACAAGUACAAGGAGGCCAUCGGUUUUUAUGAGCCCAUUGUGAGGAAGCACUACGACAAUUUGGAGCAGUGUAACAUUCAGGAGUGUCCCUGCAAGCGCAAGCCCUCGAUCCUGAAUGUCAGUGCUGUGGUCUUGGCUAACCUGUGUGUGUCCUACAUCAUGACCAGCCAGAAUGAGGAGGCUGAAGAGCUGAUGAGAAAGAUCGAAAAAGAGGAGGAGCAGAUCUCCUACGAUGACCCGGACAAGAAGGUCUUCCACCUCUGCAUAGUCAACCUGGUGAUUGGGACCUUGUACUGUGCAAAGGGGAACUACGAAUUUGGCAUCUCACGUGUCAUCAAGAGCCUGGAGCCUUACAACAAGAAGCUGGGGACGGACACAUGGUUCUACGCCAAGCGCUGUUUCCUGUCCUUGCUGGAGAACAUGGCCAAACAUAUGAUCAUGCUGAGGGAUGCAGUGGUGCUCGAAUGUAUCCAGUUCCUGGAGCACUGCGAGAUGUACGGAAGAGAUGAGCCAGCGAUCAUUGAGCAGCCUCUGGAGGAGGACCGCAUCCACAUUGGCAAGAACACCGUCACCUACGAAGCACGGCUGCUCAAGACGCUCUUCUACGAGGUCAUUGGCUGGAAUCAGUGACAUCCUCUUGACAGAUGAAAUUUCAAACAAGGACCGUGCAAGCUUUAUUCUUUAGGAAACCAAAAGCAACUGCAAGCUGCUGAGUUCCUCUGGCCAUUUUUGGACCCUCACACACCAUGGAAACUCAUUAUUUAGUAGCUUGAUAGAGCUGGGAAGUGGUCUUUGGCAGACAGUUAUGAUCUCAGUGUGUACCAAAAGAUCUUAUCUAACCAUUUUUCCCUACUAUGUUAUGAUUGUUGGGGUAGCCUGAAGCCAUAUGCUUGCACCUCAGCUCCACAUGGCAUGUUAGCAUAUCGCCUCAGAGAGUCAAAGAAGUCACUCUGAUUUAUCACUAUGGGAAUUCUUUCAGUUCCUGUGGAAGGUAUGUGCUCCAGUGUUUAUCAAACUAUCCGAGCAAAUUAACAUGAUUUCUGUCAAAAACAUGGGAAAAAGGCGAUUAGCAAAUUAGCAACAAAAAAAAAGAAAGAAAGAAAGAAAAGAAAAAGAAAAAGAAAAAGACAAGAAAAAAGACAAGAAAAGUACAGGACAUUUGCUAAAAAAAAUUAUAAGAAAAUUACAAGAAAACUAUAAUACUAACAUGAUAUAUUUAAAGUUCACAUCAGUGAUGCUGGAUUGAUGUUUGAUUUCUUUUGUUUCAGAAUGCAUUCAAAUAUAUUUCAUAAGCAUUUCAAAUGAGUAAAACCUUUUUAAAAUAAAAUAAAACCUGGGAUUUAAGAAGUUAAACGGCAUGUCUUUCUGUACAGUUAACUGUGUAGUGAAACCAUGUCAAGCUGUUUGAAAGGUGCACUAGUGGUCAAAUGCUAACAAAUUUUGUUUUUGGUACCUGUUAAAUUAUACUGCUUUCUGCAUGAAUUACAUGGACUCUCAAUCCACUGAUAUUUCAGAUAUGCUUCUUUCUAGGCUCUACUACCGCUGUUUGUUUCUACAAAUAUUUGUGUCCUGUGCUUUGAUUCAUUCAGUUCAAUUUGUGUAGCAUCAAAUCAUAACAGAAGUUAUCUCAAGGUGCUUUACAGAAACCCAACAGAUAUUGGCCAAAUCCAUGGACCAAAAUCUCUCCCAAGAGCGAGCACAAAGUGGCAGUGGUGAGGAAAAAAACCCUUUUAACAUUGAAAAAAACCUUGAGCAUAAACCCAGCUCUGGGUGGGCGGCCAUCUGCCUCAACUGGAAGGGGUUGAGAGAUGGACAGAAAGGGAGGGAGGAGGGAGGAGCACAUUGCAAGACAUAGAACAAUGUAAGUUUGACAUAGGGCUGUAUAGUAAUACUAGUGGUGAUAAUAGCAGUAAUGACAAUGAUAAUAGUGUUUCAGCAUCAGUAGUAAUCAUAAUAACACUAAAAGCCAUAAUAAUAACAUUUCUGAUAAUACUAAUAGUAAUAGUCAGAACAAUGAUAGCGAGAAUAGUAAUAAUGCUAAUUAUAGGUCUGAUUGUAGCCAGACUGAGUAAUACUAGUAAUUGGAGUAGUAAUAAUAUGACUAAUGACAGCAGAAGAAAUGGGUGUUGAUCAGGAUCGGGUGGGGCAGCAGGUGCUUUGCCAUCACGGAUGCAGACUACAGCUCCAGAGGCAGAAAUACCUGCUGAAAAGCGACAGAGGAAGAGAGAAAGAAGAGGAGAGAGCACAAAAAAACAAAGAAACCAAAAAAAAAAAAAAAAAAAAAAAAAACUCCAGUAUUCCUUGCUGUGGUGCUGGAGGCCAGUGUGAUACUAUCUAAGGUAACUUUAUGAUUAGAUAGUAGGUUUCUGAGGUGUGUAGGGCCUAUUACAAUAACUUCAGUUUUGUCUGAAUUUAGUAGUAGAAAAUUGCCAUCCAGCUCUUUAUGUCCUGAAGACAUGUUUGAAGUUUAGCUAACUGAUUCAUCUGGCUUCACUGAAAUAUAUAAUUGGGUAUCAUCCAGAUAACAUUGACGAUUUAUGGAGUGUUUCCUAAUAAUAUUACUUAAAGGGAGCAUAUACAAGAUGAACAGUAAAGGUCCAAGCACAGAACCUUGUGGAACUCCAUGUAUGAUGUCCAUGUAGAACUUCUGUGUGCAUGGAGGAUUCAUCAUUAACAUGUACAAAUUGAAAGCGAUCUGAUAGAUAGGACUUAAGCCAAUUUAGUGCCAUUCCUUUAAUGCCAAUUAAAUGCUCCAGUCACUAUAAUAAGAUCAGAUGGUCAAUGGUGUCAAUUGCAGCACAAAGAUCUAGCAGGACAAGUACAUUCUGUUUAUUCUGUUUAUUCGGAUAUAGAUUUAAUAGCAACACACAAUACAGGAGUCCCUAUCCCCAACCCAUUUGGAAACUCUAACCCUAACAGCUACAUACUUGCUUUCAUGUUUCAUGCAGAUUUUGCUACCUUAUAUCUGAGAGUGAAGUCCCCCUGAUUUUGGCCCUGAUAUGU